AUGACUAGUAUGCAAUCAAAAGAUUGCUGUCAAAUGAAUGAGAAAAGUAGCACAUCUAUGGAUGAGGAAAAGACACUUCGUUUUCCUUUGGUUGACUCUAUGUGUAUUCUGUUUACUGGUUAUUUUAAUGGUGUAGGUGUUGAGAUUAGGUCUACUGAUGCAAUGGCACUCUUGCAUCAUAUAGGUUGCUAUGGUAAAGGAAAUACUUCCAAAUCUAGACCUAAAGUUAAGAAGGAAGGAAGUCCAAUUAUUAUGAGAAAGAGACAAUUUUUAAAAAGAAGUUAUUGGUACAAGAGGUUUGGAAAUGAAGAGAAAAAUGAAGAGUCAGAUUUUUUUUUUAAAGAUGUUUAUGAUUUGAUAAAAAAAAUCAAACGGGACACAAAAAAGGGUGUUAUUGACUUGGUUUCGAGUGAUGAUGAUGGUGGUGAUGGUAUGUCACAAUUUUUAAACAACCAUUCACCAUCUCACACUCCUCAUGAACAAGACAUUGUAGUUGUUGUGGCCAAUAGUGACUCUGAGGAUGAUAAUUAUUUUGCAAAUUUAAAACCUCACUGUUGCCUGAAUAAAGUAUCCCUGCAGGAAAAGCUUAUGCUUACAUUACAAGAAGCAUUCUUCUUGGUAUACGGACUUGGUUGUUUAAAAAUUGUGAAGGAAGAAGACCAAGUAUUGAACAUAGAGGAAUGCUGGUCACUCUUUUGUAAUACAGACAAAUACUUUGUCAGUAAAUACAUAGUUUACCAUCACUUUAGAUCUAAAGGGUAUGUUGUGAAAUCAGGAAUUAAAUUUGGUGGGGAUUUCUUGUUGUAUAAAGAGGGACCGGAAGUAAAUCAUGCUGAUUAUAUUGUUGUUAUCAAGACUGAAAAUGAUACAUUUAACUGGAUAUCUUUGUUGGGUCACGUCAGAAUGGCUACAACAACGGUGAAGGAAGUUAUGAUUGCUGAGGUGAAAUCUGAAGGUGAAAAUCUACGUCUACCACAUGACUUGUGUAAAUAUAGUGUUCGGGAGUUGGUACUGUCAAGGAACUUACCAGUAAUAAACAAUGAAAUAGACUAAA